AAAACAAACCACAUCGUUCUAUGCAUUCAUCAAUCAAUUUAGUAAUUUCAUUCAACGUUGUAGAGAAUGGGUGUAUCGUGAGAUUCGGAGCUUUUGCGAUUAUUGUUUUUAUUUGCGUGUUUGUUAGUGACAAUGCGGUUGUUAAAUCUUUCUCUUGACAUUGACUAGUGGUUUAAUUUUGCCUUCAAAACGGCUGUUAAUUGGACUCUGGUGGCAAAAUAGUGAUAUCAGUAACAAUGCCGGGUCUUAUUGGUAUUGGUGAAUUCAUUGAGGAAACUCGAGAGGAUUACAGUUCACCGACUACAUCUACGUUCGUGUCACGAAUUCCACAAUGUCGUCAAACAAUCAACGCUCUAGAAGAGACACUGGAUUACGACCGCGAUGGCCUAACGAAACUGAAGAAGGCGAUAAAAGCCAUACACAAUUCCGGAAAUGCCCACGUGGACAACGAGAUGUAUCUUUCACGAACACUGGAGCGGCUCGCUGGGAACGCUCUUAGCAAAGAUUCCGAGCCAGAUAUUGGAGCAGCCUUCUUCAAGUUCGCUGUCGUCACAAAGGAACUAUCGGCACUUAUGAAGACUCUGAUGCAAAACAUUAACAACAUAGUGAUGUUUCCGGUCGAUAGCCUUCUAAAAGGAGAUCUGCGUGGUGUCAAAGGUGAUCUAAAAAGGCCUUUCGACAAAGCUUCCAAAGAUUACGAGUCUAAAUAUUUGAAAAUCGAGAAAGAGAAAAAAUCGCAAGCAAAAGAGGCUGGCCUCAUACGUAGCGAAGUUACGUCCGCUGAAAUAGCCGAUGAAAUGGAAAAAGAAAGGAGACUUUUUCAACUACAGAUGUGCGAGUACCUGAUCAAGUUCAAUGAAAUAAAAACCAAAAAAGGAAUCGAGUUGCUUCAGCAUUUAGUUGAGUACUAUCACGCGCAGACAAAUUAUUUUCAAGACGGCUUGAAGACAAUCGAACAUUUCGGUGUUUAUGUAGCUGAUCUGAGUGUCCAGCUACAGAAAAUUAGACAGCAACAAGACGACGAGAGAAGGGGGCUCCUAGAAUUGAGGAACAUGUUGAGGGCAGCAGCGCCACAGGAUCGAGAGGUAGCCUCUUCGGUGGGAGGCUAUUCUCUCCACCAACUGCAAGGCGAUAAACAACACGGGGUGACCAGAAGUGGUUACCUUUUAAAAAAGUCCGAAGGUAAAGUAAGACGUGUUUGGCAAAAACGUCGCUGUCGGGUCGCCGCUGAAGGUUUUCUGGAUAUAUUCCAUGCCGAUGAAAACAAGACUCCAGCUAGAGUUAAUCUAUUAACGUGCCAAAUCAAAGUAGCCGCAGACGAUAAGAGGGCGUUCGAUCUAGUCUCAUACAACCGUACCUAUCACUUCCAAGCCGAAGACGAGGCCGAGCAAAGGGCUUGGACAUCAGUUCUGGUGAACUGCAAGGAGGGGGCCCUGAUGAGAGCGUUCCACCAGCAAGUAGGCGAGAGUAGUGACUCCGGUCAUUCACUGCUAGAUCUACAGAGAUCUAUUAUACGCGCCGUUAGAUCAAUGCCCGGAAAUCAAGUUUGCGCUGAUUGCGGUUCGACAAAUGAUCCGACAUGGCUAUCGACAAAUUUCGGUAUAAUAGUUUGUAUCGAAUGUUCUGGAAGUCACCGAGAACUCGGCGUUCAUAUAUCGAGGAUUCAAUCUUUGACUUUAGAUAGACUGAGCACUUCGCAGCUAUUACUGGCCAGGAACAUGGGAAAUCAGAUGUUCAAUGAAGUCAUGGAGAACACGCUCGAUGAUAGAGACAAACUCACGCCCGAGAGUACGAUGGAAGAGCGUCUCAGGUUCAUACGCGAGAAGUACGUGUACAGAGCGUGGGCGGCGCGCACGUGUCGCGACGCGGCCGAGCGUCUCUCCGAAGUCGAGCACGCAGUCAACAACGGACACUUGCAGAACCUGUUGCAGGCGUACGCUGAAGGCGCCGAUCUGGCUGCGACGCUUCCUUGUUCGGACUGCGGCGAGACAGCCCUCCACUUGGCCAUAUCGCGGGAACUGGGCGACGGUUCCUGCUUGCACAUAGUCGAUUUUCUAGUCCAGAACGGUGGUUCUCAACUGUUAGACAAGGCGACCUCGACCGGCAUGACGGCUCUGCAUCUGUGCGCGGCGACCGAUCGAACGGAACCGAUGAAGUUGCUUCUCAAAGCCGGCGCCGAUUCGUCGGUCAGGGACGGCAGCGGUCGGACGCCCUUGCAGAUAGCGAGGCAGCUGGGCCAUCAUGGAUGUCAGGAAUUGUUGGAGAGUGUGGAUAAGAGAGAUAAAAACAUAUUCGAGAACAUAAAUAUAGACUGGAACUUAUCGCACGACGACGGCUCAACUGACUUCUCGGAUGACGACACUGUUAUCGACGAAAGACAAAACGGUAGCGUUACUCCGGAGAAGAAGUGUCCCCGUUCCCGGCCACCGUCGUACGCGGGUGGGUCGGUGGGUCCGGGCGCGGCGCCCGCGGGCAGCGCCGGCGGCGACUCCCCCGUGCUGCGGUCCCGCUCGUCGACCUGCGAUUCGUUACACCACGCCCCCCCGACGCCAACUACGCUGCCAAGGAAACCUAACGUCUAUAACAUAGGCAGCUUAAAGAAGCGAGCGGCGCCCCUGCCCCCCGCCGUGGCGCUGUCCCACCCCCCGCCGCACCCCCGCUCUACUCCCUCGCCCUCCGCCGACACCACACGUUCACUUCACGUUAUCAGCACAGCUUCGGGUGUGAAGCAUCGUCCCCAGCAGCCUCCCCCCACCCCGCCGCCGACCGUCUCCUCGCUGCACAACGGCGCGUUUCACCGCGACGAACCGACGCCACCUCCCAGGAAGGAAUGUUCUAGUCAAGACUCGUCAUUAGAGUUGUGCGAUAUAACGGAUUCGUGCUUGGACGAGAGUCGGUUGCAUUCGGCCAUGUCGUGCGACAGCUCGCGGUCCAGGGACCGAUCCAGGCGCAGCGACAGUCGGUCGCUCGACGUCUCCGACACGUCCAGCGUGCACUCCAGAUCGCCGUCUGCCUCUAUCACUAUGAUGGGCGGCGUCAGACGGUGUCGGGCUCUGUACGAUUGUUCGGCGGACAACGAAGACGAGCUGUCGUUCCGCGAGGGCGAAGUGAUCGUGGUCAUCAACGAACGCACCGAGGACGACAACUGGAUGGAAGGUCAAGUCGAGGGCACGAGCAGGCGAGGGAUGUUCCCCGUCUCUUUCGUUCACAUGCUACCCGACUAGUGAUAGAUGAACGCGUCGAGAAUGAACAGUUCAGUUUCGGCGGCGUGAUCGUGGUACACACACACACCGAACAUAACAUACGCCUCGAAUUGAGAAGCUCCCGUUUUUUAAGUCGGUCAAAGCGAAAACCACGGUAGUGAGGAGACUGAAGUAACUCAACACCUAUGCUCUGUAACACAAACGUACGAAAAUUACGUUCGUCUAAAUGUAACCUUGUAUUAAUAUUCUGCUAUUAAUGUAAGUGUAUUUGAAUGUCUAAUCUGCUUAUCACUAAAAAAUAAUGAACACCAUAAAAACAUUUUACUAAAUAGUCCAUAAAAUACUAUGAACUUUGUAAUAAAACUUUCGUAAAGGCCUAAGCAUUGGUUUUCAGUUCCAAUUGAUUCUAAUGUCAACAUAAACUAAAACAUCAAUUUUUUUUUAAAUAUAUAUUAGAAUGCUGACUGAUAUUAUUCGGUUUUGCAACUCGUCAAGAUAAUCGAAAUUAUUUUUACGAUUUAAUAUCUCGUGUCUCGUCAGUUGUCCACGACAACGGAAAUUAUAAAGUAUUUAUUGAAGCGUCAGAAAUAAUAAAGGCGAGACAAUUUCAUAUGAUUUUCCAAGUAAAGCAUAAAUUCUGGUCAGCGAACUCUGCUUUAGCUCUUGCGUCGGAUCCAAGUUUGCUCUUGUAAUUUGACGUCAUUCUUAUUUUGCAGGCUUAACUAGGUAAUUCCAAUCAAAAGUUAAGUCAAAGAUCAGUAUUUGCAACCCCUUCAAAUUGUUUUUAAAUUAACCAUUUAUGACUUAGUUAAAUUAAAACAUGGCAUUAAUUACGCAAAUUAAAACACUACAUGAUGUGUACUCAUGAUGUGAAGGUAGAAUUUAGAAAAUAAAUAUAAACUAAUUUAUUUAAUUGAUUUUAAGUAGCUACUGGAACUGUUUACUGAUUCGUGAAAAGAAUAGACGGUAAUUGUAUACAACCUACCAUCCUAUCACCAUUAAAAUAUAAUAAAAUAGUUAAAAUCUUAACUGUUUAAUUCGCAAGCAAAAAUUGACAACUGAUAAUCCUUAAUUAGUUGACCAAAGCUAAAGCUGAGACCUCUUUGAAAAAGGCGCUAAGAAAAUUUAUUUUUUACUAAGAAUUUACAAUUCGUCAAUACCUUGACUGCCGAUCAAUGUCAAUAAUAAAUAAAGUACUAUUUUAAUCUCAGUAAAGAAAUUUCAUUAUUAUUAAAAAAAAAAUGACACCAAUAAUAUCAUUAAAAGAUUGUGCAUUGGCCGUCCUAAAUGGGAUUUUAUACUUUUCUUUUUUAAACUUUAUACAGUAAUUUUAUGUAUUUGAGGUAUCACUUAUCGAUAAAGGACGAACUGUUUUUUUACGUGUGCUGUAAAGCCUAUAGAUUUGCGAACCAAUUUUUUGUACUACUUUGUAAUAUAAUUCAUAAGGAGCAAAUAAAAGGGCAAUAAAAAAGCCCUCAAGAGAACAUUUUUGUUUACGGUAUACGGUAUGCGUUUUUGAAUAUUUUUUUUAAAUUAACGGUUGAGCAUUUAAAGUAUUAAAAUUAAAAGUUUAAUAUGUAGAAAGUGUUAUGAUUGAAUCAAUACGAUUUAGUAAAAGAAAGAAGCGACGUAGUUAUGUAUACUUAUGGUUAUGGUAGAACCAUUGAUUCAGUCGCAGGCGAAUAACGCUUAUGAUGUCAUGUUUCAAUUUAAUUUAAAAAGACUUAUUGUUGCAUAUUCAUCUUCUAAAUGACAUGUCCUUCUUCAAACGAGGCUUGUGGAGAGUAUUAAGCGGUAGGCAGCGGCUUGGCUCUGCCCCUGGCAUUGCUGAAGUCCAUGGGCGACGGUAACCACUCACCAUCAGGUGGGCCGUAUGCUCGCCUGCCUACAAAGGCAAUAAAAAAAAAACAAUUGUAAUUACAUUAUGAACAAGCAAUCCAUUUUGAUAAAUUUGAUCCGGAUUAAACAUUUGAAAUUUUAAAAUUGGCAACAUUUUCUUCAAAAAUUGAAUUGAAACAUAGAACAUAAUUUAUUGUACAGUUCAAAUUAAUAGUGAUUUGCCAAAAAUAAAUAUGUGAUCUGUAGUUUGGAGAUAUAGAGGUAUAGUAUAAUAUAUUCAGCUGUGAACUCUUGUCGGACCAGUGUUUCUUGUAUAGUUUGUUCGUGUAGCUUGGUAUUGCUGUGUCUUAGACCGUUGGUGCAUGCUUUCUAGAUUUCGGUAGUCUAGCGGGACUGGUUUUCAUUGUAUAAUCAUUUCACUACUCAUUUCAAAUCGCCAUCUUUGUUGUUUUGAUAUGGGGGAUUAAAUAAAACUAGCCAAUCUGAAUAUUUUCAGUUGAGGGAACUGCUCCAGGUUUUAACUGCGCGGUUAGUAUAUUUAAAAUGCGAUGAGGCAAUGUAAAGCGCAUGAAACAUCCUUCAGCCGCCCCGUUAAAUGAGUGAAUGACAUUUGAAGGACAAAUUUUGUGCGCUGUGUAUUGCGGCUUAUCAAUAAAAUUAAAUAAUAAAGUUUUAAUUCUUAAUAGGAUAUCAGAAGUUUUAUAUUAUGGCCGUCACAAAUAUAAAGCUUAGUAAAGUAAAUGAAUUCUAUACAGUUCAACUAUGUUAAUAUCAUUCGGUAGCGGUUCCCUUGCACUCUAGAUUUUUAAUUAAAUUAAAAUGUUUUUCGCGGGUCGAAACAAGAUUUAAGUCACAAUUUUGUAUCGUAUCGUGUGAAAUGAAUUUCUCGACGUUUCUUUAACUAACCACCUGUAUUUGGUUUGUUUUUACAUUUUUUUUUAAACUAGUGUGUGAAUUUCGUAAUUCGUAAAUCUCGUUUUAAUAGUAACUAACUAUAUUACAAAUAUUGGAAUCACACAAUUCGGACCAAAGAUAUUAAAAUUUAUUGGAAUCAAGUCUCGCUCAUAAAUUGAAAAUGUAUAUUAUUCUGAAGAGAACAUCUGCAUAAAGGCAAAUAAAAUUGUUUUGUAUAACGUCAUAGCUGAAUUAAGAUUGUUAAUUGUUAAAUCAAAUUCUAAAUCUACACUAAAAAAAGUAACAAUAUACAAUGUAGCCGGCAGGGCAAGUUAAUGUCCUACAAAUCUGAAAACCCAUGAAAAAAAUCGGAAAAAAAAACAGUAAACACUGUCCCUUUAUAUGCUUUCUAUUUAAUAUCGGUCUAGUAAUAUUUUUAAAAUUUUAUAAGUAAUAGGUAUUUAUAGUAUUAGUAUUUAUAUUUUAACUCAAUUUCAAUUUUGUUCAGUGUUCCUAAAAUAAAUUACCCAUUUUAUUAAAUGAUAAUGAUCAAAAUAUGUAAACUUUAAAAUGAUCUUUUAUAAACUGUAAAUAAUAAUUUUGUGAAUAAUUUAAUACCUAUUUACUGGAUAUUUUUUAUACAGUUUCUUAAGUGUUCAGAAUAUUUGUAGUAGUCGCUUACCCCAGCAGGCGACAUUGUAUAUUUGUUACAAAAAAUAAUAAAAUAUCUAAGAAGCCUGUAUUAUAUUUCACUAAUAUUAAUUGCUACCAAACACAUUCCCUUGUAUGUAAUGUUGUAAUGUUUUUGUAUAUUUAGUUUCGUAAAUAUAGUUUGUAAUUAUAGCGUGUCAGUUAUAAUGUAACAGUUACCUAGUUUAUUGCGCGUGUUGCCAUACGAAAAAUAUUGAAUACAUAUUUUAAUAUUCCUAA